CUACGAGUUGGGUUAUCUUUUCUUCGGUUGUAAUCAUACCGGCGAACCGUCGAUUUUAUCGGAACAACACUCCGACUCCAGCCGAAAUUACAAAAGUUCUACGAUGAAAAGAAGGUGUAAAACCUCUGUCGGCAGGAAAUCAGUCGUGUUCGGAGACGUGUUGGACGUGAUCGACGAUCGAUCCGAAGAGAGAAACCCCGACACGGGCCCGGACGAGAGCGAUUCCAUCUACACGAUCAGGGUUUCACUCGAUCAAGUAGUGGUUGCGUUGAGGCAUCCGUCGGUGCUUUAUUUCCGUGGUGUCGUCGAGGCGAAGGCGAUCGCCGGCUCUUUCGAGACUAUGGGCUACCAGGUGAACGACGACGACGGUCGAACCUACACCCUAUUCUCUCUGGAGGACAGCAGUGCCAAUUACAUAUCCACAGUGAGGUACACGGUCAUGACAGGCCGAUAUCUGAACGUUCUCUUUCAACUGGGCCUCAACGAGGAUGUCAUUUACAAAAUUGUCAAUCAUGUUGGCUGCAUGGGCACGGUCGUACUUCUGAGCAAUGCUGUAGAAAGGUUCCAGCGAUGGAACGAAUUUCUUACGAGUCUCGACAUUCAAGUUUUCCCUGCCAAGCUGAGAAAGCGGGGCUUCCCCUUGUUCCCCGAAGCUGAAGAAGCGUUGGGUGCUGUGUUCGACGAUGCUGGUGGCACCAGGAUUCCAAAAAAGCUCAAUAUUUGCAAAGAUUGGGAUGUCAUCAUGAGCGCCUUUCCAACAGACCAGCAUUUCAAAGUUCUAUUCUGUGGGGGAAAAGGAGUUGGGAAAUCCACCACAAUGCGAUAUAUGAUUAACAGAAGGCUACAAGUUUCUCCAAAAGUUUUAGUCAUUGAUUUGGAUGUUGGUCAGAGUGAAUUUACCAUUUGCGGAUCUGUUUCAGCGGUAGUGGUUUAUACGCCACUUUUAGGCCCGAAUUACACCCACCUGAAAAAUCCAUCUAGAUCGUACUUUGUUGGAAAUAUUGAUAUUGCAAUGAGUAUAUCCAGUUAUUUAAAUGCAGUUAGAAAGUUGCUUAACUAUUGUCUGUACAAUCCACAAUUUUCUAACUGCACUUGGUUUAUUAAUACAAUGGGUAUUACAAAAGGAAUCGGACUUGGUCUACUUGCAACUAUUAUUAAAUUAGUGUUACCUGAUUUUGUACUUCAGAUACAAAGCAAUGAUAACCAAUUGAAUUUUGAUGCUCAACUUCAACCUCAAAAUAUACUCGGUUAUGGAGCACCAAGAUUAUUUGACAUUAAAAAGUAUACAUUAUUUACUGUAAGAUCGGCUGUGAUAUCAUCGUAUAAAGAUAGAAGGUUUUCAAAUAUAAUAGGAUUGACUCCCAAAACCCUCAGGGAAAUUGUGAUGUUGGUCUAUCUAAGACGAGCUGCAGUAGAUAACAAUAAAAGAUCUCGUUUCUUUAAAUAUAUAAAAAUAAGUGAAAAAAAUUGGAAACCACCGCCUCCGCGGAUAUAUGAUCAACCUUGUGAACAGGUCUCAUUGUUUUCAGCCGAAUGUGCAACAAAUAAAGAACUAAAUGGAAAAAAUCUUGUGUGUGGAUAUUGGGAGUUAGUAACUCUAAGUAGUUCCUCUGUAGAAGAGUGCAACCCAAUUGUUCUUGGUCAUGGCCUUGCAAAGGAAUGCUUCGAAAACGGCCAACGUUAUAUGCUUAUUUUGUCACCUUUGUCGGCGAAAACGUGGUGUAAAGUUAAAUCAGUUUUCCUCGCGGAGAAAGUCAACCUUUCUAAGACUCUUAUAACCUUAAUAACACGUGUAUUCGAUUCUCAUGGAUUGGUUCCAGGUAUGAUUGUAUCUGACUUUAGAGAUACAGAUGGAAAUGAAAUACCAAUUAAAAAACAAUUAUUUUUUGACUAAAAUGUUUAGAAUUGAUUUUUUUCUUUUGAUUUUAUCUUCUGACAAAAAGUUUCAAAUAUUUUGUAAUUAUUGGCAUACGUGGUGUCAUGUAACGAAUUGAAUUAGAUUACUUACAUGUAAAAAUGAACUAUUUUCAAUUAUAUAUAUU